AUGAGUACGCAACCUCCCGCCGUGAAGAUGAAAGAGCUGCGCCUGCCAAUCUCGAGGGUGAAGACGAUCAUGAAGAGCUCGCCUAGCGUCGACACCGUCGGGCAGGACGGCUUGUAUUUGGUCACAAAAGCCACGAUUUCUUUAAAGUGUAUAAUUUUAUUCUCACAAUUGAUCUCACGAUUGAUUAUUGCGAUAUUGUACUUAAAAAAAAUUGUACCCUAUACCAGACAAGAGGAAAUCGCGGAGGGUGCGUGCAGUUGCGCGGUGUUCCCUGUUCCGGGAACGAAGUCGAUAAUAGAGCACACGCUGAAAUACAAUGUGAGCUGCGAUGAAGAAGGCGCUGAAAAGUGUCAACAAUUAUGUAUCGCUUUAGCUGAAAGUUCUCGAGAUAAGACACCAAUGCUGAUUUGCGAGAAACAGAAUGUGCAUGUCGAAAAUUUGAAGGUGGCCGUAUAUAUGAAAUCGUGUAACACGGCUCUGUGGACACUCACUGGUUUGGAGAGCAUCGAGCCCAUUUGCUGUCACGAAGGGAAGGCAGUUAUUUGUGACGAGGCGAUGUCGAUAAUAGAGAAUUAACGAGCUCUCGCAUCCAAUUCAUUAUUCUCCGCUUAUUUUCACCACCAACGGGUAUAUCUUACUAUUGAUUACAUAAUAACGUGCGCGGUGUAAUUAAUACAAAAUACACCACUGUCUGUUAUAUGUUAACACCAUUAUACGCGUAUUAAUUUCUAGCUUGAUAUUUUCGCAAUUAGUAAUUUUCUGCAGAUUUAUAAGAUUAUCGUAAGAGUAUUAUGUACAAAUAAUAAAGUACGCAAACAACAAUA